GAAAAACAUUACAAAGAAAGAAAACCAAAAACAAAAUUAUGUUUAAUUGACUGACGGUUCAAUCAUUAAGAACAAACAGAGGACACCGAACAAACGAUAAUCACAAAGAAACCAACAAUUUUGCCUGAGAAAUGGCGUUGCAGUGGAUGAUACUCACCUAUGUGGUGGCUAUUGAAGCUGCUGUAGCAAUUCUUCUAACUCUUCCAUUACCAAAGCUCAUAAGGAACCGUUUGACUUCUCUUAUUUCACUCAUUCUUCAACCUGCGCUUUUCAUUGUUCCCUUUGCUGGGUUUCAGCUCCUUGAUAUAUACUGGAAGGCUGAGCAUAGGUUGAUGUGUACCUCUGAUGUUUGUACUGCUGCUGAGAGAGAUCGAUAUGAGAAAACUACAUACAAAGCUCAGAGAAAUGUGAUACUGUGUAUUUCAGCAUGCCUUCUCUAUUGGUCUGUAUACCGCAUUUGCAAGUUUCAGAAGGAUAUUCAAAGUAUGGAGGAAGUUGAGAAGAGAAUUAAGUCUAAGUAGAAUCUUCAUUUUACAAUCUAUAUAUUGUCAUGGUUAGUGGAAAAGAGCUUUUAUAAGAGAUAUUUAGUUGAGUCUCAGUUGUAUGAACAUUCCACUAUUGAUGUACCAAACUUUGCUCUAUGGCAACACUGUCAGCUCUAUGUUUUUCAACUUUCAAUCUUCUUUUUUGUUUGUGUUGUGGUGUUUGGAUACACUCUUUUGACUCGUGUGCAGUGUAAUGAUUUAGCCUAUAUAUAGGUGACAUUUUUCAUUUUUA